AUGGGCUCACCUGCGGCAUCAACAAUACCAGUUGAUAUCAAAAAACAUGGUAAAAAACCCAAUAAUCGUGCUGAUUUUGCUAAAAGUCCUAAUUCUUAUAAUAGUCGUAUCAACAGCAUUAAUCGUCUAGCCACUUCGAUACCUUCACUUAAUAACAGCAAUAGCAAUACUCCUUUAUUAUCAAAGUCUCAACCUAGUGAUUCUUUACUCAACAAUAACAAUAAUGCCAGUGACAGUAAUAAACUUAAUAGUGCAUCACCUCUUUCAAAUAGUUUUAAUAAUAAUGGAAAAUUUUAUGGUGCUACUUCAAAUGGAUCCAUGGAUCCUGCCGGCAUUAAUAAUAGUAGUGGUACUAGUGUUGGUGGUGGCGGUAAUGGUAAUUCGAAUGCUAUCCCCAUCGAUAUUCAAAAGCAGAAAAAAGCAGAAAUGUUGAAGAAUUAUUUAGUAACAAAGGAUGAUCUUGCUCGUAGUCUAGAAAAUAAUAAUAAAAAUGCAACAAAUUCCUCAGAUCAAAAUUUACCUGUUUACAAUGCAGCUCAUUUAUUACCAGGUGGCGAAGUAGCCCAUGAAAUUUACAAAUGGCAUAACGAUAUUGAAAGUGCGCCGAUGAAACGUACUCGUUCUCAAUCUUUAUAUUUACCAAGAUCAAGUGAUCUGAAUGUUUCAAAUAUCAGAGAACCAGGUGGAUUCCGUCGUCACCAUGUUAUAAUGAAGGCGAUACAAGAGGGAAAAUCACCGCCAGAUAUGAUCACCAGUAAUUUUAUUGAUUUUUUGGAUAUGUAUGGUCAUUUUGCUGGCGAGGAUUUAUUAGAAGACGAAGAUGAAAAUAUGCAUAUAGAUGAUGUGGAAAUCUCUGGUGAAUAUCAACCUAUUGAACCUCCCGAUACUGUUCCUGUUCAUGGUGCUUCUCCUUCAAAAGCCGUUUUCUUGCUAUUGAAAUCGUUUGUUGGGACUGGUGUCAUGUUUCUACCCAAGGCAUUUUCAAAUGGCGGGAUAAUUUUUUCAACAUUAGUAUUAAUAGCGAUUGCAGCAAUAUCUUUAACAUCAUUUUUAUUGUUGGUCGAAACAAGAGUUUAUGUUCCUCAUAGUUUUGGCGAAAUCGGACACCAUUUGUAUGGUCGUUGGAUGAGAUAUUCUGUAUUAUUUUCUAUUACUAUAUCGCAAAUUGGAUUUGUUUGUGCAUAUAUAAUAUUUGUAGCGGAAAAUCUGGAAGCAUUAUCGAAGCAAAUAUUAAAUUUCCGAUAUCCAAUUCAUUACUACAUAGCAAUACAAGUAUUUGUUUUUAUACCGUUUGUGAUGAUUCGUCGUAUAUCAAGGUUAUCAUUCACUGCAUUGAUUGCCGAUGCAUUCAUCAUGUUUGGUCUGUUUUACCUAUACUACUAUGAUGUUCGUGUAUUAGCAACUGAAGGUGUUGCUGAUAUCAUAAAAUUCAACAUGAGCGAUUUUGCUCUAUUCAUUGGUACUGCCAUCUUCACAUUUGAAGGAAUAGAAUCAAUGAAAGAGCCCGAAAAAUUUCCAAAAGUGUUAACUGGAGUAAUGAUAUUCAUCACAAUCUUAUUCACCUCAAUUGGUGUUCUGUCAUAUGCAGCAUUUGGCAAGGAGGUUAAAACAGUGGUGAUUCUUAGUUUGCCACAAGACGAUCCAAUUGUUACACUUGUGGAGGUCUUAUAUGCACUAGCCAUUAUGUUGUCGAUCCCAUUGCAAUUGUUUCCAGCAAUUAGAAUUAUGGAGAAUGGUUUAUUUAAGAAAAGUGGCAAGGAUUAUUAUUGGGUCAAAUGGCAAAAAAAUUGUUUUAGAAUUAUGACAGUUGUUGUUUGUGCGAGUCGUGUUGAUCCCAUUGACAAUGAUGACGACAAAGAUGAAAGUCCAUUAGUGAUAAACUUUAGUGAAGUACUAGAUGAGGAUCCAUCUUUUGGUUCCGAUAUUAAUAAUGUACGCAUAGAAAAAAUUGAAGACGCUAUAGAUUUUGUAACAAACUUCAGCUCAAUGAGUAAUUUAAAGUUAGACUAUCAAUCAAUGAUCAAUGAUUUUAUAUAUUCCAUUGUCAAAACUUUUGCUAGCUAUUUUGUUUUAAACGAAAAUUAUUUUAAAGAAAUAUUACCUGAAUACCAUCUAGGAGCAACAAUACAUGUUCAAAUUUUUAUGAAUUUGUUUAGGGAUAAAAACUAUAUAGUACGAUGCAAUGA